AUGACCUGCGCCAAGUACCAGAUGCUGCAAAAUUUAGACAAUUUGCCGAAUGGAGUAAAAACGGUAAAGUUCAUCCAAGCUAUCGGUAUUUUCUUGAAAGAUUUCGACAUUAGCAAGAAGACGGAUAAAAAUAAAUUGACCGAAAUGAAUCGCAAAGGAUGCGCGGCCGUGGGAAGCAGUGAAUGUGCAGAAAAACAUCUCAUUGGCUUUUUCACUGCAAUUGUGCUUUUUACUGUUGCAAAGGUGGGGUUGUUAGCAGCUCAAAGCCAUAUCGCCGCAACAAGUGAUUCUGAGUUUACCCAGUAA